AUGGAGCCUCCCCUUAUAGACGGAGAGGCCUGUGCCCGGGUUUGUUUACACGCGCACGCCCGUGCCCCCGACCAUACUCGUCCACAGGCAUCUGGCGGGCCAGCGCCCGCCCCUCCGGUGCCCGGAAAGGAAACUGAUGCAAUAUUGAUCGCCGAUUGCCAAACGUUUCCUGGCUCCCUCCGCCAGCAGCGCCCCCCACCCGGGACCUCCCGCGCUGGAGGGGGGUGGGGGGCUACGGCGACCCGGGGCCGCGGGCUGCACACGAGCCCCCGGGAGCGAGGACGCCGGAGGCUGGGGGCCCCUGGCGGCCCCUCCCGGCGCCCCUCCCCCGCUCCGCCCGGCCCGCGCCCUGCGCGCCGACUCCCCGAGCAUUUACCUCGGUGGUCUCUGCUGCUGUCACACGGGAAAUGCCACAGAAAUGCCUUCACUGGGGUUUUUUUCUUGGUGAAAAGCGUGGAAAUACAAAAUCAACUAGCCAAGGAAAAAAUACAAAAAAAAAAAAAGACCCACAAAGGCAGGCAGAAGCGUUGCCUCUCUCACACACACACACAAACACACAAAGGCGGUGGCCGUCCAGGUGGCGAGGCGACCACCGUGUCCAGGGGCAGGCACGAGGGCUGGGGAAGCGUGGUGAGCUGCGGUGCUGCGGGAGUGCACUCCGGGACAGCGCUGGCUGGAGACUCCGGAGCCGCCCGCGGAGCCGCGGGUUAUAGCGGGGACUCGGCUGCUGCGCGUCAGUGGGCGGGGUCGGCAGCGCGGCUUCUCUUUGUGUAUCAACACUACCUGGGCCCCGCCUCCCGCCCGCAGGCCCCGCCCGCACCCCCACCCCGGAAUGGCUCCCCCUUCCGUCUACCGCCCUCCCCGCUCCCCCCCACCAGACAGCCCGCAAACUCUUGCCCACUUUCUCUCGGGCUGCCUGCAAAGCCCCUCCGCCCCUCCCCGCGCUUCUCUGGGAUCAUUCAUUUCAGCCCCCCAGCGGGUGCCCCGCGCACGCGGUGGUCUUUCGGGAGAUGUCUUCUUGUAAUUGCAAUUCCCUGCCAACCGAGUCACCAGCAGUCCUGGCUUUCUCAUCACUUAGAAAGGCGCUGUCUCCCAUGGAAGGCUGGCCGGGAGCCCAGCCCAAGAGCCAGUUCCUUCCCCUCCAGUGGCGGCGUGGUCUUGCUGAGCCGAGGGAACUGGGGGCCCCUGGAUCCUGGACUUAUUGGAGCUGCUGGAAAGGUCGCGCUCCUCCCUUCAGGAAACAAAAGCCCCCCUCCCCCCAAAAAAUGAGGGACAAGCGUUUGUUGAUUGAAUGAAUAAACCAGA